AUGGAGCGGAAAUUGUCCAAGACACAGACUUUACAGACAGAUAUCGAACAAUCAGUUGAUGCUAUUAUGGGUCAAGAGGUUGAGGUGAUGGCACUCCGUCUUAGCGGCCAGCUGCUCCUUGGUGUCGUACGAAUAUACAGCCGGAAAGCAAAGUACCUCCUGGAUGACUGUAACGAAGCAUUGCUAAAGAUAAAGAUGGCCUUCCGCCCUGGAGUUGUGGAUAUGACUGAGGAUCAGCUCGCCGUCAACCGCAACGCCAUUACCCUCCAGGGGAACAAUCUUGACCUCGAUGCGCUCCUGCCUGAUAUCAACUGGGACAUGGACUUUGAGGAAAGACCUGUGCGACCAGGAGGGCAACACAUUGCUAGAGCCGCGGAUAUCACACUCGCUACUGCGAAUGACUACCAAUUUGACUUCGACGACCCUGGCUAUGGCUUCGAUCUGGGGCCUUCAGAUGGCAUAGGUUCACAAGAUUAUGCUCCGCUUGGUAUCGACUUUGGUGAAGGGCCUGUAAGCGUCCACGAGGAAGAAUCCCGUGUCGAAGAUGACACCAUGAGCAUUGAAGUUGGACGAGAUGCUGCCGCGCCAAGAAGCAUUAGAGAGUCGCUGGGUUCGCAUCUCCUAGGCAGGCCAGGCGGAGACCUGGAUGUGGAUCUACUUUCGGUUCGCAGCCGGAGUCGGGAGGCCUCGGAGCAUCCAUUUGGCGGAGACGUCGAUAUGAACUUUGGCAUGGAUUUUGGGCCAGAUGCGGGUGGCGAGGAGGUAGACCUAGGUAUCAGCUUCGAACUAGGGGACCUUGGAAAUCUCGGCGAACAGGCACUGACCCCUCAGACGCCUCGUCUCACACCUUCUCGAGCAUCCUCACCCCUUACGGAACCUCCGCAGACGCCUCCUCCCGACGUCGAGUUAACACCACGAGUCGACGUCCAGGAAGGCAAAGCUAGGAAACGAAGAGACAGGAAACAGAUCAUUGAUGUCGUUACCGAACUUGCGGAUGGUCCUGGCGCGAGAGUGGGCCGCGGCCGCAAUGCGGGACUCGGCUCUCAGAUGACCCAGGAUGUGAGCGGCAUUGUCACAGAAAACCAGUAUAUUCCUCGAUCUCCUGUCGUCAUGCGUCUCCUUGAGAUUCGCGACGACCCGAUUGCGCAUUUCCUUCCUACCAGGACUACCGCGACUGGCACAUUUUUCUGCGCCGCGCCGCCGGGAAUGGUGCCUGAGCUAGCAGAGCUUUUUAUGCGUCCAGUGCAAAGUCUGGUCCCUCCCAAACGCCGCGCGGAACCGGCGGACAAGCCUUCGAGCAAGAGGCCUAGGUUGGAGGGUAGUGUUGCUGGCGACGACGAGAUAGAGCAAGUACGCAGGGCGACCAGUGUUGCGCCGAGCGUCGUUCUAGGAAGCGAAGUCAUCGGACGAAGCAGCGUUGCUCCUGACAUCGACUUUGGUGACCACACGGGGAUCGUCGAAGACUUCCAGCUGCCUGAGUUUGAAAUGGCUACUGGGGCGGAGGUGGCACCAGAGCGAGCAAGGUCCAAGUCCCUUGCGCCGUCAGAACUCAGUCGGUUGACAACGCCGCCGCCGGAGGGUGUGCCCAUGGAAGAUAUAGAGGAGUCUUACGCGGAUGUGGAGUGCCCUAUAGCCGUAUUCGACGAUCGCGCUACGUCUAGUCAGAGCGGAGAGAGCGCAGCCACUGCCAGUGAAGAUGGGAAGGGCUACAGCAAGAACACGGUAAAAGCAUUAACGAUCGUGCGUAGGGACUUGCAGCCCACUGUAGGUGAAGAGCAUGACGAAGAGAAGGUCAUGAGCUUCAAGAGGAUGUCCGAGAAAGCAAGCCGCCGUGCGGCAUCUUCCUUCUUCUUCGAACUCCUGGUGCUUGGAACACGAGACUGUGUCAAACUCUCGCAGGCUGGUCCCUUUGAGAAUAUCGAGGGUAUGUCAUAUAUUUCUGAGCAUCGAUCCUCUCCACAAACCCUGCAGGACUCAGACCCAGAGUAUGAUACCUACAAGCGGGGCGCCUUUUUGGAAAAAACAAACCGUUUCUUGAAGGAUAAGUCAUCAGAAGUUCCUGGCCCUGGUACAUACAACACUGACAACAAUAGUGCUCAUCCAAAGGGUACGUCAGGUACCGUCAAGCCCAACGUUGAUCGAUAUGCCCUACUGCAACGCAAGGUGGAGGAACUUGAGAGAAUUCACAACGAAGGCAAGAAAACCCAUCACCUAGAAUCGGAGCGGCUCAAGCUGGAACUUAGCCGCGCACAGCGAACCAACACGGAGCACGUAGAGCGUGCCGACAAGCUCAAGAAACAGAAUGACGUUCUUGAGGCUAGACUACAGGAUUUGAAGAAAUCCAAUGGCGUGGAGCAGAACGAACUGCGAGAACUGCGUACCAAGUUGAAAGCCGUUGAGCACGAACGCGCCCAGCUAGCCACAAAGCAAGGUGAGGCAAGCGAUAUGAAGAAGGCUCUUCAAGUGGCAGAGGCUAAGCGAAGAGAUGACCUACGAGAGCGAGACAAGAGGAUCGCAGAGUUGGAGAAAGCCUUCAGCUCGGAGAAGAAAAGGCGCGAGAUGGCGGAGGCAAAGUUGACAGAAGUGAAGGUCAAAGUCGAUGCGGAGAAGCAAGAAAUCCGUGCUCUUGCAUCCGGACGCUCUUGA